AUGGUGCAGCCUUCGGUGCCGCAGGCUCCUCCCAUGCCGCCGGGAAGCUGGCAGGUCCGGUGCGCGGGUUGCCACUGGAUUCUGACAGUGGCGCCAGGGAUGACGGAGUUCAGUUGCCCCAAGUGCCAGCUGCCGCAGAUGCUGCCGCCGGAGCUGAUGGCCGCCAGCGCUGGUCGUCGGGGCCCUCCCCAAGCGCAGGGCAUCGAUCCGACGAAGAUCCAACUCCCCUGCGCUCGGUGCAAAGCCAUACUCAAUGUUCCGCACGGCCUGUCCCGCUUCAACUGCCCGCAGUGCGGAGUAGACCUCGCUGUUGAUCUCACCAAGCUCCACCAGUACUUCUCUUCGGCGCCCGUUCCCUUCCCCCUCACACCGGGGAUGCUCCCCCUGGAAUCUCUCGAGGAGGUCAAUGAGGUAUGCGGGUCCCAUUGCCAUCCGUGUUCUUCUUCAUGGCUUUUUCUUUGUGUUUGCUCAACAUUUGUCGGAAACGCGAAAUUUACUUUCAAGGAGAUGGAAUGAGAGUGGUGUUUCACACUCGGCUACUUCCUUGGAUGCCCGUAAGUCGCUGUUAUGUAAAUAUUUGUAGGAUGACACAAAAAUUGACGUCAAAUAAAUUCUUCAUCUGAUAUCAAAUUGAAGCAUUACAAACCAGAGAAUGACUGGAAAUGGACAGUAGGUCCAUUGACGUGGUGCAACAGUGGUCCUCUUUAUCUGUAGCUUAGAAGACUGUUCAGUGCUGUUUGGGUAGCUCAGACUAGCAAACGGAAGCGGGGAAAUGUCCUCAUAUUUGGUGACCAGAAUAUUGAGCUGUUAAUAAAGUGUGAAGGUCAAGGUUCGGAUGUGAAAUUUCUGACAUUUUCGUUUUUGCUUUCUCAAAGACAUUUUAUUUUAGUAGAUUCUCUUGUGUUUAGAAAACCUGUGCAGUGUAUAAUUUGCUUCCUCGUUUUUUUUUAUGAUUUCAUUCAUUUCAGGUGGCAGUGGAUGUUGAACGAGAAGAAGAUGAAGGUGGCCCGGUUGCAGACACAUUUAUGGACUAUGUAAGCACCUAUAGGCUAUAGUUUUAUUAUUUGAUCAUUUAUAAGUCUUUCAUCAAAGUGUUGUGUUUGCUCGUGUUUGUGUAUCUCCUUUAAAAGUAGUCAUGCCUGGACUUUUGAUGUGUUUUGUCUCUUCUGUUUAUAGCGUCCUGCAAAGCUCUCUAUGGGUGAUCCCCAUCCGGAUCCUAUUGUGGAAACAUCUUCUUUGUCAGCUGUUCAGCCUCCAGAACCUACUUAUGAUCUUAAAAUUGCUAAGGAGCUGGAAAUUUCCAAAACACUGUCAUCCUUUCAGAUUGAGACCACUGUUUAUGCUUGCCAGGUUUCAUAUAUUCAAUUUAAUCCUCUGAAUAUGGUUACUUACUUCGUUUCACUGGUUUAAUGAUUGGAGCGGAAGUAAUUGUUUGUUAUCUGAAUUGGCAGAGGCACCUUCAUCAUCUUCCAAAUGGUUCUCGAGCAGCUUUCUUUAUUGGUGACGGUGCUGGAGUGGGUAAAGGACGAACAAUUGCUGGUUUGAUAUGGGAGAAUUGGCAACAUGAAAGGCAUAAAGCAUUGUAAGUCUUCCAUUUAAGUUUUCUGGCAUUCAUUUCCUUCGCUCUUUAUAUUACUUUGCAGUCAGUGAAGGCUACAUACACUUGUCAGACUUCUACACGGUAGGUGUUGGUUCUUGUUUCUAGGCAGAUAGUAAAGGCAGGAUGAGAGUUUCGAAUUGUUUGAUGGUGGGACAUCAUGUAUCACCAUUAACCGUAUCCAGUUGUCAGGGACAUUCAAAAGGUGAGAUGGAGAAGACUAAAGAAGUGAUAGCAAAGACAGAAACAGUUGGUAACCAAGACAGUUUGUUCACUGGUAGAAGUUUCUCAAAACUAUGUGACUUACGUGCUUAAGGCUAGGCUAAUAUGUGACAAGACCACUAACUUAGAGAGCCCUAAAGCUUCAUGGGGUCAAUAAAAAAAUAAUAGAAUCGCCCAUCAAAUGCUAAGGUACUCCAUCACAUAUCUUUCCGAAAUAAGGCCCUCUGUCUAUUGGCUAGACUAAUAUCUGUGCCAAGGAUCACCAUCUCCCACCACACACUCUUGAGACGUACUUGCAGUAGCAAACUUUCCAUCUGUAAUCUUGGUAUCCUAAAUACUUCUGUUUGAACAAUUCCUGAUUCUUACCCGACCAUGUUUUCAUUCUUCUGUUUCUUGCUUUCUCAACGACUCACCUGACAAUGCCAUAUAAAAGUGCAUGAUAUUGAUGAUGCUUGAUCCCCUUACUCCUUGUGUUUUUACAUUCUUCCCCCAAUAAUGGCUUGCCAAUCUCUAUUCCUAUAUCCAAUCCCAUGUUAGAAUAAUCUUCCUUGUAUUGUUCCUAGCCUAAUUGCAAUGGUCCUCAGAAUACUUAAGGAGGAGAAAUAAAAACUAAUGCUAGGAUUUUCCUAUUCCAUCAUGCCAUUCUGUAUCUAAACAUCUGCAACAUUCCUCUAGUAUAGAUUCUUAAUGCUGAAUAAUUUCAUGAAAAAAGAGAUAAAAUUUCUUAUCUCACAACCUGGGUACAUUGUGUUCUUCAAGCCCUCCUCUAUCAAUAUUCAGGUCCUUAGGCUGUCAAGGGCUAUUGGGUACUUGUAAUGGAGUGAAUUGGGGGGAGAGGAAGAGGAUGGUGAUGGAAAGACGGCCUGUGUAUCCUUCAAUGAGAGGUAGUGGGAGAGACUUCAGAGCAACAGCCAAAGGGAGAGGUUAAUUGGUUGGAAUAAGAAGGGCGGGUCAGGGUGGAGAGGGCUCCAGUAGGGGAAGAGAGGAACAGGGGAAGAUAUGCAUCACCUGGUACCACGUUACUGGAAAAAUGUUGAGGUGGUGUGCAGCUUGGCUACCGUCCUACUGAUUGCUGUACAAAUGAGGCAUACUAGGGAAUGAAUCUUUGGUAUUAUUUUCAUAACAAAAACUUUAAAGUGGCAUAAAGAUCAAACACUAUGAAACCGAAACUCCAGGCAUCAAGGCCUUGCUUGCCUAAGGACCAGGUUUGUAUUGACUGAUUUACUCCUUGUUCGGCAUUUUUGUAAAGAGGAAUUGAGGUGUACUACAGUCCUUUAAGAACUAGUAUGUUGCUUUUACUGGCCUUUUAAGUAAAGGUGUGCAAGAACUGCAAAACUAUGGCAGUUCUUUAAUUUGUUUUCUGCCGUGGUUGUAUACAUCUUUGGGCUGUCCUCUCAACUAAUGUUCAGCGAGACAACCUGAUUUUCCCCAAUGAGAGUAGAAGAUCAUCUUUGAAUUUGUGUUUAUCCUGAGGUCCAAGGAAGUUUUCUUAUGGUUUGUUACUAUUUCCUUCCAUAUACCUCCCUUAACGUUGUGAAGAGUGGCAUUUUGACUUGUUGUUCUGGGCAGCAGAAGUAAAAUUUGUGUAUCAUGCCAAAGUAAAUCUGGUACGAGGAGAGGCUGAAGAAAUGGAAGCAUCCUUGAUCUGAAUAUUUUUAACCUAUAUCCAGUCUAACCUAGAGUGAAUAGAAUUGGGACAGCCCUGAGUUCUGUUCACUUUUACAGGGAGGCAAUGAUAUUAACAAAGUUAGUUGUAGAUGCUCUAGGUGUUACAUAUGGUUUAUUUAUUUUGGUUCUUUUUCCAUUAUUUAUAGGUGGAUCUCAGUUGGUUCAGACUUGAAGUUUGAUGCUCGGAGAGAUUUAGAUGAUGUUGGUGCGACAACUGUGGAAGGUUUGUCUCUUGUAAUUCAACAAAUAACUCUGUAUCACUUACCCAGGAACUCACUAAAAAUGUUUUUGGAGAUCUUUUCCCUGGGGGUUACAGCAGAGCAUUUAACGCUAAAACCCUUUUUUGAAACAGCAGGGAUUUUUCUGGAAUCUUGUGCUAGUAUUAUCAUUUUUAAAACUUUGAGCAAAUGGGGGUUUAUUUAUGGUGUAAGAGAUACAUGAGUAGAAUAUAUCUCAAUAUGAAGAAACAUCAAAGUGGCAGAAUCACUUUGAUUCAAGUAAUAGUUCACAGCUGUACAUAAUGUAAAAGCUGUUCUUCUAUAGUGCUACUGUAAAUGUUCUCUUGUUGGAAAAUCUCCAGAUCUCUUUGUAACAAUGCAGUUUUGACGGAAAUUGGAUAAAACCCUUUUAUAUCUGUUUAUGGAAUUUAUUUCUGAAGGUCCUUGUUGUGUAGAUCGAAUUACAAGAGAGUGAGUUCUUUUUGCUUAUCCAACUUUUGUUAAAAUAAAAAUUGGAGUAAAUGCACGAAACUGCUGUUGCAAGUCAACACUUUGACCUUUGGUGACAACCUCCUUGGAUUCUUGGUCAGCCUUGUCCAUAGUUAUUGACGCUUGUGGUCAGGUAUUGACUUCCGUGUAAAAUAAUAUCUAUUUUUUGCAAGUUAUUUAUUGAUGAUGAAUUUUGGUAUUGCUCGUGUAGGUAAUGAAGCUUUUCUAGACAUAAAUGUUCUACAUAUACGUGUGUCAACACCUGUCCUUCAAGUGUCAAUAGGUGAUCACUGUAUGGUUUUGCACGUCUUGUCAAUCCCUUGGGUCGAAGGGAUUGCUUGUCUUCUUUGUAAAUGGUUGGUUCUUUUCCUUGGCUGUACAUGUUGAACAGAUGCUGCGACAUGGAAGAAAACUACCAUCAGACGAUGCACAUUGUUGGAUUGUCUUUGAUGGGGCUAAACUAAGAGUGCACUCAAAAAUUCAAUGGUAAGUGAUAUUAGAUGAGAUUGAUCAAGCAGAAAUAUUUUUCUUCUUGAAGCUGGGUAUUGAGGACCAUUUUUUGAGUUCAGUUGCAGUUGGUAGGUAUGGUCCAAAUUAUCAAAACGUUUGCUACAAAAGUGGUUGCGGAUUUGCUCAAGAAGGCUGUUUUUUGUGCCGGUGCCUAAUGGGUAUUUUUCAAGGGUGUCUUUCAAGGAUCUUAAAAGAGCCAGGAGAUGAGUCUAAAAUCGGGGAGAUUGAUAAUGAUGGGCGUUGCAGGAAUGGCCAUACAAACUUAUCCUUUGAUAAUGGGUUGUCAAGAUCUGAUCUUCUCAUGUGACAUAAAGGGCCUCUCUUGUAGAUUGUUUUCUGUUCUAUGAUGAUAAUUUAUGCAGUGAGCCUGAGUUAAUGAUAUUUUCAGUACAAUUUUGAUGACUGGAUGGGAUGAUUUGAGGCUGAGGAUGAAGACGGCCUAUCAAUAAUAUCAGAUAACAAGUGAGGACAGAUGUGAUCGAUGAGAAUGAUGGUGGAGGAAGGGCCAAUCCCAGCCUUACCCUUACUUAGAGUUCAGCAUGGUGUUCUGACAGCCUGCUGAGUUUUGCUAUUGUCAUCUUUCUCUUCCGCUGGAAGGUUUAGUGAUGAAGUGUAUCUUGUUCAUCAGCAAAAUUCAGUGGGAAUUAGAAAGAGGAGAAUAAAUGAAGAUGUUAUUUCAAUGAAGUAAUUGUGGUCAUGGACCACCUGAAUGUUUGGGGGGAAAAUUUAAAGGUGAAUAGUAUCUAUGCUGUUGAUAAGCAGUAAUUCAAGGAGCCAUACAAUGAAUAUCAGAUAAUUUUGUAGCCAUAAUUCCAUCUAUUUAUUUUUUCUAAUUAGUGACUUUGAUUCUCAUUUUCUGAUUAAACUGCUGUCUUUGACAAUUGACUGUCAGAAUUUAAUUACGGACUAUGAUUUUAAAUAGAGUUUCUGCUGGCAUUUUCAAUGUCUGGAAUUGCAGUUGGUGGUUUGGGGGCAUUUUACUCUUAGACUACUGGAUGUAUCAAGGCCAUUUCUUUUAAUAUUCAUGGACUAUGGCACUCAUCUUUCGAAGAAAAAUAUGGCUGUUUUUAUAAUGUUUUGAAGUAACCAGUCAGAUCAUGAUGUUCAAAAUAAUUAUAGAUUAGUGCCUUCUUGAUUUUUACACUGUUUUCGCAUGACAUGCUGUUAACGUUUAUCAUAAUCAUCUCACUAGCCCCACAUUUUUUUUACCAUCGUGCAGUACAUGCUCUGAACAAGCUACCUUAUUCUAAGCUUGACUCAAAGGCUGUUGGCAUCAAGGAUGGGGUGAUCUUUCUGACGUACAGUAGCUUGAUAGCAUCUUCAGACAAAGGCCGUUCUCGACUGCAGCAACUUCUACAGUGGUGUGGUUCAGAAUAUGAUGGUCUUCUGAUAUUUGACGAGGUACUGGGUGAUCCAUUGAUUUUUAAUCUGUAGCCAUUAGUCUCUGUCUCAUGUGCAGUUUCCUUACUUUUGCCUGGGGUUUUUAUCAAUUUUUGAGUUCAGACUCAUAUCCUGGGUUCUUAAAUUUGAUAUAGUGUCACAAAGCAAAAAAUCUGAUUCCUGAGACUGGGAGCCAGCCAACCCGGACUGGUGAAGCCGUCCUUGAAAUCCAGGUUUGUGUUGCUAUUGGAACUUUGUUAAUGUCUAUAGUUACGUUGCAUUUAUGUUUCUUUUUUUAUAAUAUUCAAUUAAAUGAUUCAUUUUACAACACACUAUCAGGCAAGGCUUCCUGAGGCUCGAGUGAUUUAUUGCUCUGCAACUGGUGCAUCUGAGCCUCGAAAUAUGGGAUACAUGGUCCGACUUGGGCUUUGGGGAGCUGGAACAUGUUUUCCGAAAUUCCAUGAUUUUCUUGGUUUGUUCCUAUCUACAAUCUCUAUUUUCUUAGGGAUCAUGUUUUCUAUCAUUUUCCUUUGUGGCUGAGUUUAGUGGAUGAGGCUUUAUGGAUUAUCCUGUUAAUUCUAUUUGUAUAGCUUGUUUCUAUCAGGAUUGCUCAAAGGCAGUCAGCUUUUUGAUUGCGUACUUACAUUAGGUAUAUCAAAAUAUUGUUCUCCGAGGAAUCAUACCUCAGAGCAUGUACUGCUGAUAAAUGUUAACUUUUCCUGGAGGUGUCGUUGAUUGCUUUUGUUAGAGAUCUUUUAUUUUUAAAGUUAGCUUUUUGGUCUCAACACUUGCUGCUGUUCUUUUACAAGCUAUUGUUGUCAAAUAUGAAAAGUGAGAUUAUCCUUGAAGUUAUCAAUGCUAAUUCAUCAUAAAAAUCUUGUUUUCCUUAAUAGCAUACAUGUAUUUGAUAUAUCUAUUGAAGAUCGGACUGGGUCCAGUGCACUGGAAUGACCACCCUCGUGCUCAUGGAGAAAAUUCAAAGUUAAGAUUGAAGGAAUCUUUUCUCUCAUUCAAAACAUUAUUUACAUAGUGGGGGGGUCUAGUAUUUAUACUAGACCUGGAAGGUUCUAGACACUUAUAGAUAUUCUCGAGAUUAUGUCUCAUCAAAACUCCCAUCAAGUUGGUGAGUGGAUGUCAUCCAUUCCUAGCUUGAGAAUAAUCUUUUGUAGUUUUGUGCCAGAGAUAGCUUGGGUUAGUAUGUUUGUUAGUUGAUUAUGUGUAGAGAUAUCUGACAUGUAAAUCAAAUUUGCUUUCAUUUUUUCUUUGAUGAAAUGACGAUCAAUCUCCACAACCUUACUAAAAUCAUACUGUGUCAGAUUAUGUACAAUAUUAAUUGCCGACUUGUUGUCACAAUAAAAUUUCAUUGGACUGAUUAGAGAAAUUUUUAGCUUAUGUAAAGUCUUCACCCAUAGUAACUUGUACACACCUUGGGCAAGUGCCCUAAAUUCAACUUCAGCACUUGAAUGGGCAACUAUGUUUUGUUCCUUACUCUUCCAUGUCAAUCUUUGGUUAAUCAUUGAUUCUACAUAGUUUGCAUUCGUAAACAUUUUUGCCUCUACCUUUCCAUUUCAUUUAAAGAGAACUGCUCUACAUGGUGUGCCUUUCAAGUAAUGUACUACUCGAUAUGUUGCAUGUAGAUGAGAUUCUUUUGACUAUUGCAUAAAUUGACUUAGUGUGCCUAUUGCAUAAGAGAUAUCUUGUCAAGUAUGUGUCAGAUAGAUCAGUCGACCAAUGAGACGUUGAUACAUCUCAUAGUUGGCAGAAACUCUUCAUUUGCCAUGCAUAAUUUGUGAUAUGGAUCAAUAGGUGUGCUAGUUUACACUCCAAUUUUCCAAUAUCCUUCAAUAGAUCUGAUAGGUACUUGUAACGAGAGAUGAAAGUACCUUUAGAAGACUGAGCCACUUCAAUUCUCAAGAAGUAUUUGAGCCAGCUCAAUGUCUUGAUAUCAAAUUCUCUAGCCAAGUAUUGGCUUAGGUUUUAUUUUUCUAUUUCAUCAUUUCUUGUGACAAUGAUAUUGUCAACAUAAACUAAUAUAGUAACUCAUUGUAGAGGAGAGUGUUUGAAAAAGAUGAUGUGAUUGCCAUCACUUUGGCUAUAAUUCAGCUUUUUCAUUGCCAUAGCAAAUCUCUCAAACUAGGCUUAAGGUGAUUGUUUGAGUCCAUAAAGAGACUUCUGUAACUUACACACAUCAUUUGAUGAUAGCUAAUCCUCAUAUCUUGGUGGAAGAGUCACAAAAUUUCGUCAAUGAGAUCACUAUGUAGGAAAGUAUUUUUCGCAUCAUAUUGCUGUAUGCCCAAUUGAAAAUUGUGACUAAAGAUAAUAGAAGUCUAAUUGUGUUCAUUUUUGCCAUAAAUGCAAAGGUUUCCUGGUAAGUAAUAACAUAUACCUAUGUAUAGCCUUUACCAACUAGUCUAGUUUAUGUCUGUCAAUAAGCCAUUGGAUUUAUUCUUCACAGUAAACACCCAUUUACAACUAAUUUAGCUUCUUAUCCUUGGGUAAUUCCACCAGAUCCUAAGUUUGAUUUUGUUCGAGGGCUCUCAUUUCUUUAUCCAUGACUUGUUUCCACUUCUUGAAUAGAGCUUCUGAAACAUUUUUUGAAAUGGUAAUGUUGUCUAAGGAAGUGAGGAAGGGCUAAUAGGAUGGGGAAAACUUUUGAUAGGAUAAGAAGUUGGUUGAUGGGUACAAAAGUUUUUGUGCACUCUCGUUUUGAUUUCCUCAAGGAAAUAGGAAGUGGAUUGCAGUCUAGGAUUUCAAUGUCAACAGAUGGUACAUGUGAGGUAUUUUGGAUAUUAUCUAAGGCUUGAUCAGAAUCUUGAAUUGGUAUAGAGUUAUGGAUUUCUCCUCUCCUAAAGUAGAUUUUGCCAAACUUGAGAUGUUUAUGAAGUGGAUCUGAGUUAGAAGUAGUUUUCUCAUUGAAUGAAAGGAGAACAAAUGGAUUGCCAAAGGAGAAAGUUGCCAAAUUAUCUAAAUGAUGAUUACUACGAUUUGUAGGAGAGAAGAUGAUCUUUUGAUGGAGAUUUUUUAAAAUAAGAUUUUGCUUCUUGAAAUAUAAUACCUAUUGAUUAAUUUUUUUUGAGGAGGAUAAUAACAUUUUAACCCUUUCAUUAUUUAAAUAUCCAUGAAAUAUGCAUUUAAAUGAUCGUGGGUCUAGUUUUCCUUUGGUCUGAUUGUUGUGAUGAACAAAGGAGAACCAAAUACCUUGGUUCUAAUGUAGUUUUAAUUUGAUUAUUUGCAAAAUGUAAUAUCAAUAGAUCUAUAGGGCUUUGAAAUUCUAAAGUUUGGGUGGGUAAUUGAUUGAUAUGAUAUGUUGUUGUUAAGAUAGUUGAACUCCAUAAUUUUUUGGGACAUUACUCUAGAAUAAGAUUGAUCUAGUUACUUCUAAGAUAUGUCAAUUUUUCAUCUCAACUAGGCCAUUUUGCUGUGGAAUACAUAUGUAGGAGGAUUCUUAUCAUUAUUAGAUCUAAAUUUCUUUAUGUAUAUGCUAAAUUGAUUUUUAAUCAUAAUAGGAAAAAGUUUUAAGGUCUCACGUACAUCAAAUUUCUGCUUUAGAAAGAAAUACCCAUGUGCAAAGAAUACAAUCAUCUAUAAAAGUGACAAAACACUUAUUUUAAGGGCACACAUACAUCAACUUUCUACUUUGGAAGAAAUACGGUUGUGCAACGAGUACAAUCAUCUAUGAAAGUGACACAUCACUUAUUUCCUACAAGAUCAUUAUUGAGAUAGGGUCCUUUAAUGUCACUAUAUAUGCAGAAGAAAUUAAUCUCACUCUUUUCUCCUUGUUUUCAAAAGAAGUAUGAAUGUGUUUGGAGAGUUCACAUACAUUGCACUUAAGAGUGUCUAAGGAAACCUUUUGAAAUAAGGAAGGGAAAAAGUUUUUCAUAAUGCUGAAGGAAGGAUGGACCAUUCUUCAGUGGAGUAGCCAUAUUUUGGGGAGGUCUCUUAGGGGAUCUAAAGGUUGAUCUGCUUUCGUGAGAUAUGUUUGACUUAGUCCUUCCAAGAGGUAGAGUCCUUCAUGUUCUCUAGCACCUCCAAUCCUUUUGUGUUUUACCUUAUCAAAUAUCACAUAGAUAUCCUCAUCAAAAUAGACACAGUAAGGUGAAUUGUUCACAAGUUUCUUUACAUAGAUGAGAUUUGUAAAUAAUUUUAGGAUAGAAGUACAAUGCUAAGUAUUUAAAGAAGCUCAAGUUUGAGGUCUCUUAUACUAACAACUAUUAGAAGAGAACUAUCAGCAGUUGAUACUUUGACAUAUGCAGUCACUAGAAUAAGGAUUGUAUUAAAUAAAAUGAUGAGAAGAAUUUGACAUAUGAUCAUUGCAAGGUUAGUGUAUGUAGUUGGUUACCAGGGGCCCAUACAGUAUUAGUGUCAGUAGUAAUGUUAAUCUUGUAUGGGCCAUUGGAGACAAUGAUAGGCAAUUAAUAGGGUCUGAACAUGUGGUCAGCCUGGGGUAUCUCAAUGUGUAAGUAGUGCACUAGGGUACUAAUAGCAAGAUAGAGCUGCUGAUUGUCAUCUUAAUUCAGCCUAUCAUGACAUCCACAUAUUGGAGAAAUACUUUGGCCUCGAGGUACCUCAUUAGUGUCAUAUUCUUAUAUAAGGUAGUGUCAAAGGCAUUAUGAUAGGAGAAUAUGAUUAUAAGAUCUUAAAGCUCCUCGGUGCACAUCUCUAUGAUUUUUUAUUUUUUGCCACUCAAGUAGUACACCCCAACAGGGUACCAUAUUGAGUGGGUUAACACAGACUAGUACGCCUUCAAGAAUUGGUCAUAAUGUAAGACUGGGGGGAUUGUGAUGUUGAAGAGCCUUGUGACAAUGUCAACUUUUGCAAUCUCUUUAGUCCUACCUUAUGACCAGUUCUUGGAGGCCUACUAGUAUGUGUUGGCCCACUUAAUAUAGUACCAUGUUAGGGCAUGUUACCUUAGUGGUGGGAAAUAGAAAUCACAUAGACAUGCACCAAGGAGCUAUAAGCUCUUGUAACCAUAUUCUCCCAUCAUGGCACCCUUGGCACCACCCUAUCUAAGAAAAUGACACUAAUGAGGUACCUCGAGGCCAAAGUAUUCCUCUAAGAUGUGGACAUCAUCAUGAGCUAAAUCAAGAUGACAAUUGGCAGCUCUAUCUUGCUGUUGAUACCCAGAUGGACUGCUUGAACAUGGAGGCACCCUAGGCUGACCAUAUGUUCAGACCCUAUUCCUUGUAUGUCAUUGUCCUCAAUGGCCUGAAAGAGUGGUGAAAUGUCCCUAGAUGGAGCUCUAAUUUUAAGAGAGUUGUGAAACUUACUAGGCUGAAUGGGUGUGUAUUGUGUUAGUCAACUUCAACUUUUCCAAUUCCACUCGAAGUUGUUCUAUCUCAUUUAGUCAAACUAGGGAGGGAUCUUGGGCCUCAAAUGGUGACUAAGAGUUGGGUUAGUAGGCAGGUUUAGCGUCAAAUGUUCUUGGCUUCCAUGAUUUCCAAAGGUGGGGUUCUGUGGCUUACCAUGGAGUUUCCAACAUCUAUCUCUAGUGUGAUGAGUUUUUUACAAUAUGUGCACCAAAGAUUAUCCUAAUAAUCAAAUUCCAUGAUUUUUCGUAAUUAAUUUUUUUUAUGCUUGUUGAUCGAUCUUCUUCUUAAUCACUCAAUCAACAGUUUGCUGUAUUGUCUUUACAGAUUUCAAUUUUUACAUAUGAACGAGUUCAAAAUUUAGACGUUCUUAAAUUUUUUAUAGGUGCCCUGGAUAAGGGUGGGGUAGGGGCACUGGAGCUUGUUGCUAUGGACAUGAAAGCAAGGUAGUGCCUUUAAAGUAGUGAUAGAGUGAUUUUGAUUCUUGUUACAUGUUAUUUAUUGGGCUUUAAUUAAAAAUGUUCAGGGGCAUGUACGUCUGCCGCACCCUUAGCUACAAAGGUGCUGACUUUGAAGUGAUUGAAGCUCCUUUGGAGGAAAAAAUGAUGGUACAUAAUACUUUCUGAAAGCAUUGCUCUAACAUCCUAAUGGGCAAUAAAUUUUCGUUGUUACCUCUAUUACGGAAAUUAUACUUUGAAUCUUGAGUGGAAGAUGCGAACUCAUGGUGCUUUCCUAUAUCUUUUAUCUGUGGACUCUUUUGCUGUCUUUUUAGUAAUGCCGAUUCAUGGUCAACAAGCAUCUUUCUUGUUCCUGUACUUUUCUUUGAGUUGGGAGCACCUUACACUAUGGUGGUUGAUUGCACAUCUGUUGGACCAUUUGUUUUUUUUUUUUCACCCACUCUUCAUUUAUGAAUCAUUGUUGAUUUGUAAUGGAACUGCUGAUAACACUUUUCAGAACAUGUACAACAAAGCAGCUGAAUUUUGGGCUGAAUUACGGGUUGAGUUACUCUCUGCUAGUGCAUUUCUUUAUGAGGAGAAGCCCACUUCUAAUCAGCUGUGGCGACUAUAUUGGGCAAGCCAUCAGGUAAUAUUUAUUAUUUUCAUAAUAUUUUGGUCUUUAUUACUUUAAUAUUGUACAUGCUUCUUUUCAGGAUUUGUUUCUGAUUUUUCUUUCAAUUCCUCAAUCGGUGCAGCGCUUCUUUCGGCACAUGUGCAUGUCUGCUAAAGUACCUGCUGUUGUGAGACUGGCAAAACAGGCAUUGUUGGAGAACAAAUGUGCAGUGAUUGGCCUUCAGAGUACUGGAGAGGCUCGAACAGAGGAAGCUGUGACCAAAUAUGUGUGCCAUCUUUCGCAUAUUUUCUGAUCCUAUUCUGUUUGCUUUUUGAAUGCCUGAAAUUUCCAUAUUCUUUUGUUUUUAUGCAUAUACGUCAGUAAUUUUUUGUUUUCCUGAUUGAGAAGGGGCUUGAAUUGGAUGACUUUGUUUCUGGCCCGAAGGAGCUUUUGGUAAAAUUGGUUGAAGAAAACUAUCCUUUGCCUCCAGACCCUGAACCCCUGUCAGGUCAAUUGUCUGUUUCUCCCUUUUGCAAUUUACAUGGAAAUUUGUUGUUAGUCUGUGUCCAGAUGGUUUGUUAAUUCCAUUGCAGGGGAUGAUUGUGAGAAAACCCCACAGAAGAAAAGGCAUUUAGCAUCUCCUAGCAUCCCGACAAAAGGAAGGGCUAGGAAAGCUGCAAAGUGGGUACCACCAGAAAUUGACAGUGAUGAAGAACUUCUCAGUAAGUUUCCAUACAAACUGUGCUCUUUGUUCUGCAUAAACAACUUCUAUUUUUACUUGAUGAAAGACAAUUUAAUCGUUUUGACUCUUUCAACUUGCAAUGAAUAUACUUAGAUGCUGAAUUGGUUGCAUGCAGGUAUACUAAUAGCACCUAUCAUUCACUUACUGAACUGUUUUCUGGUAAACUAGGUUUUUUAUUUUAUGCAUUUUUAUUUUUUACUACAAGUUUUAACGUUACUUCUUGAUUUGAGUGAAACCUUUUUUGCUUUAUAUUACUGCUUCAAGUGUUAUGUUCUAUUCUUAUGGGAAAAAUCGGUUAAAGAAAAUCUUGAUAGCUUAAUGGGCUGACGUUCCUGCACUUCUUAAUUCCUAAAAUUUCUUAGCGUGUUGCAAUUAUGUAACAUAAUAUCAUAUGUAUGCAACCAUGUGCCAUGAUGUACAUUUGUAUGCUUAGCACGUUCAUUCUUCAUUGACGUUCAGAAAAGUGAAAAGAUAAAAAUUAUAACAGUUUGUAUUUGCCUGAUGAUAUAAAAUUUCUUUUAAAGAGUAUCUGCUACUGGAAAAGAAUCAAUGUGGGCAAAUUGCCCUUCUGCAAUACGAUUUUGUAAAACUUAAAAUCCUUAGAGUUUUUUCACAGAAGCCUCACUUCUAUCGACAAUUUCAAUUACACGAAUUUUUCGUGAUUUAUUUAUUUAUUUUACGAAACAUAAUAUACAUCUUUUUUGCUAAUGAAGCACUUGUCCGAUCCAUUCAAAAUAUUCUGCUUUCAGGUUCCAAUAUAUAUUUUUGAAUCACAAUCAUGGCCUAGAUAUUUUGAUAUUAUUUAAUGGCAAACUGAAUGGAUGAUUUCUUUGUAUUUGACGCAGUGGAUUCUGAUUUUGAGUCCGGUGAGUCAGAUGAUGAAUUUCAAAUCUGUGACGUCUGCAAUGUUGAAGAGGUAAAGAUUUGGUAAAUGUUCAUGCUUUCAUGUGGUGCAUCUCAUCAAAUUUCUGUUGCUCGUUUCUUGUAGGAGAGAAAGAAGCUUGUCCGUUGUUCAUGUUGUGGGCAACAUUUCCACCCUUCUUGCUUGGUACCACCUUUGUUGGACCUUCCAUCUGCUAAUUGGUCAUGUCACUCGUGCAAGGAAAAGACUGAUGAGUAUCUUCAGGGAAGACAUGCCUAUGUCGCUGAAAUGCGGAAGAGGUGUUUGCUUUUAUUUUGUAUGACGAGUCUUCGACUUAUAGGGAUAUUUUUUUUCUGGAAUUAGAGGAAAGAGUAGUAAUGUUGUAUCAAAUUUAAUGAGUAGGUAUGAAGCAGCUAAGGACCGGAAGCUAAAGAUUUUGGAGAUAAUUCGUUCCUUGGAUCUUCCAAAUAAUCCCCUGGAUGAUAUUAUUGAUCAAGUGAGUUCUGUAUUGUGUAAACACUUUGCCAUUUCUGUCAAGAAGAAGCCUUUUCUCAGUAAAUCUCAUUGUUGAUUUUAUAUUCAUUAGACAUGUUUUACUAUUUUAGUGCACUGACUUCAAGUGUUUUAAGUAUGAAAAGUAGGGUCCAUUGUUCAGGAUUAUUAAAAAAUGGGCAUUCUGUCAUUAGCCUUUCUCUAUAUUUCUAGAUUUUAUUUUAAUUUAAGGGGAGAUAGAUGCUUGGUAUUUUGUUAUAGUGGGAUAGGUGUUUUGGGCGAAAUUUAUUGAAGUAUACUGCUUGAACUUAUAUUAAGAUGGCAAAUGGUAAUUCUCAUUCAAUAGGGCGCACAUAUCACCGAACUGAGAACAUCGGAUUCCUAUAUGUAAUGAAUGUGUUUGAACUUCGGGUAUUAAUAGUAUAGAUUUUUAUGUAAUUUCUAGGGUACAGCUACCAUCGGAUUUAGAAUUUUGGACCCCUAAUGUGAGGAGUUUAGGCGGCCUGUUAGUUUCGAUCGCCAAAUUUGCCAUGAGAUUUACUGAAUUACAUUCAGUCAUUUCAGCACUUACGCUUGAAAUCAAUUUUUCAUCACUUAAUUAUUAUUAUUCUUAUUGCAUUCUAUUACAUAUGAUUGCAUCAGUCGCUGGUCAAUUAAGCUCAACUGCACUCAAUUAUACCAAAAUCCAAAAAAUAUAAAAUUAACCCUUUAUCUUGUAAUGGGUAAUUGUUGCUAACUACUUCAAAUUAUUGAAUUUUCAGCAAAUGGUGCUGAUAUAGUUCUUAUAUAUUAGUUAUUCACCCUCUUAAGUUAAAUUUGGGGUGUCUGAUCUUCCGACUUAUAUUUAUCUUGUAGUUAUGUGUAACUGCAUGCAAUGAUGCUCAGCUGUAGUUUGAUUAGGCUUAAAUUAGGUGAAUUUUUUCUACCCUUAUUGAGUGUCAAUCAUGCUUCAUGUUAAUUUCUAAUGAGGUUAGGCACUGAUUUGCAUAAUGUUAUUUUUUUCAAAUUUUACUUGAUUUCACUUGAAUUUCAAGAGUUAUCUUUCGUCCUAAUUUUUUUUUUUCACUGGACUUGUCAACCAAAGAUUAUUGGCUUUGUAAACUCCAAACUAGUUAAAGCAGAUCUUAUUUCCAUAAUGUUGGUGAUUCUCUAUGCUGUUUUCUUCGUCAUAAUCAUCUCAGCUUAUCUUACUCAACUGGGAGAGAGGAAUCACACCAAUGAAAUUAUAAAGCUAGAACUCUGACAAAAACAUGUUCGGUAUUGCAUUUAUUUAAUGAAUCUCCAUAGUGAUUAUAUCCAUGUAUGGUCUUGUGGCACAUGUGACUAUGAUCAAUUAAUGUCUCAUGAGUGCAUGUGCUUUUUAUGAGGGUAAGAUAUGACGCUUGCAGUUGCGUAACACUCUUCGUUAAUUCUGUCUUUGUUUUCUACACUGGUUAUUGAGGCUGCUGUCAUUUCAGUGUAUGCGUGAGUUUUUGUUUACCUGUAAUGUUGGUUUCGAACGUCUAUUUACUCUCUCCUGGUAACUGAGACGUUAAUAGCUGGGAGGCCCUGAAAAUGUCGCUGAAAUAACGGGCAGGCGGGGUAUGCUUGUUAGGGCUUCUGGCGGGAAAGGAGUCAUCUAUCAGGCGAGAAGCACGUGAGUAGGACUAAUUUGGUUUUUUCUCUUGUUUUACCGUAAUAGCAUUUCUUGAAUUACUCUUACUCAAUUUUGCAGAAAAGAGGUUUCCAUGGAAAUGGUUAAUAUGCACGAAAAGCAAUUGUUUAUGGAUGGAAAAAAGUUGGUUGCAGUAAUCUCUGAAGCUGGAUCUGCUGGGGUUUCUCUUCAUGCCGAUAGAAGAGCUAUCAAUCAAGUAACAUUUCCUUGAGUUGUUUCUUUUGCCUGGUGUAAAUUAUUUAAAUGUAGCUUCAUUGCAUACUUUAUGUGAAUAUCACAUGGCUAUUGAACAAAUCAUAGUGUUAUUUCCAUUUUUGAAAAUGCUCUAUAAUGUUUUCUUCGCCAGAAAAGGAGGGUUCAUAUUACUCUUGAACUUCCUUGGAGUGCUGAUCGUGCAAUCCAGCAGUUUGGAAGAAGUCACAGAUCUAAUCAAGCUUGUGCCCCUGAAUACCGGUGUGUUACUCAUAUCCUUCCGUAUUAUAUUUAUCAAAAUUUUAAUAUAAUUCACAAGUGAAUAUUGUGCCUGUCCUGUCAGAUUUAUAGAAGAGACUGAUGCAAACCUGCAUAGUGCCGAUGUGCAAUAUCCACUAUCUAGAGUUUACGGGUGACAUCUGGUAGAUAGGUCGCUUUGCUUCUAGAUCAUUUGCUCCUAGUUGAUCCUUAGGCAGCAUAUUUUUCUUGGUUAUUGGUCAAUGGAUCCUGAAGCUUUACAUACAUUUCAAAGUGUACCUGCUUUCUGUUUUUUCUUUAAUCAAACAUGAAGCAUAGACCAGGUUUGAUAAUUUUCUUUUCUCAUUUAAUGUCGUUAAUUAGUCGGGUACCCAUGAAGAGUUCCUUAAUAUUCAUUAUUUCCUUGAAUCUGUGUAGAGUUAUUAGCCAGGAGCAUCAACGGCAGAAAUAUGGAAAAUUUCUGUAAAUAGAGAAAGAUGAUGGGGAAAAUUGGCUAUAUUGGCACGUGAGCUAUCUACUUAGGCAAUAUUGCGCCUCGCCUAAGGUUGUUGUUUUCUAAUGUUUCCUUGAAAGACUGAAAAAUGAGGAAGAAAUUGAUGUGCCUGGAACAGCCACGCCUGUUGUUCACCAGUGGAGGACAGAGGACUAGGGAAGGCAAUAUCAGAUGAAAAAGAAUUAGAAAGGGUGACAAAGUGCUGGAAAAGGAACUUCUCCGAACUGCUACUGUCAAAACGAAGAGAGGGAAAUAGAUAGAGUGGGGGAUGAAUUUUCCUCUAUCUCAGCAGACAAAGGGAAGGAGGGGGAAACCACCUCGCAUUUCGUUGACAUUUACCACCCCUUAAAGAGGGAAUGAAACCUACACGAUCUUUCCCAAUAUACCCUCAAGCUACACGUUCCUGUGAUGACCACCAUCACAGUGUGAGUUCCCAUACAUGGUGCAUUAUGAUUUAUAAAUGCUAACAGGCUACAGGUUCCUGUGAUGACCAUCGUCACGGUGUUAAUUUCCAUACAUGGUGCAACAUGAUUGAGAAUUCUUAAUGGCCACCAAUCACCGUCAGCCUCAAUGGAUCUGUGGAGACACCCCUCUGCUGGUCACCGUAGACAAGCCAUCUCCUCUCAUUUGAGGAAAAGGCAAUCAGGAGCUUUGAACAUUUCAGCAUUUGAGUUAGGAGUGCAUUUUAUUAAAUUAAAACUCUCAUAUACUUAUACAUGCAUAAAGAAUGUAUGUAUAAAUAUUUCGUUUCUAAGACUGGAUUAAGCUCUUCCCCUUAAACUUACUGAUUUGGGAGUAUAGAUCCUGAUCUGGAUUGAAUUAUGCCUGCUGAUUUGGCAAUCUCAUCUGAUUGAAAAAUGUAAUGCUAGUACAUAGCUGACCCUCCUUUAGAUUCACAUUAGAUUUUAUCCCAGGCUGUCAUAUAUCAAACUAAUAGAUUAGUUCGCGUGCAUUCGAAGGUUGGAGAUGAGAAAAAGACAAAUGGAUGCAGAAGAUACAUUGAUCUUCUUAUGUAAUGGUUAAUGAUAUCUGAACAGCAGCCUGGCCGUCCAAGGUGAAAAUCAACGAAGGGAUGCCAGCUUGAAAUAAAGAACUGAAUUAGGCGGAUGAACCCAUUCUUUCUACUACUUUUUUGUGACUGUAAUUUUUUACUACUUAGGCUGAUAUUACGCAUGAUAAUGCGGAUAAAAUACCUCCGUCAGCUUAUAAAAUUUAUGGACUCGCUAGUUUUAAAAGACCUAAACUUAUUUUUUGGCUGUUUCUCAUUCUAAGAACUUUUGUGAAGCCUUAUUUUUACCAACCUUGGUGGUGAAAGACGCUUUGCAUCAACAGUUGCAAAGAGGCUGGAGACACUCGGAGCUUUGACACAAGGGGAUCGCAGGUCUCUCUAAUUUCGAGUAUCAUUUGUACUGACCCAUGAACAUUCAUAGAUUUUGAGUUAAUCAUGCCCUUUUACUCUGGACUUGACGCACUACUCACCUUGUACAGGGCUGGGCUAUCAUUAAGUGCUUACAAUUAUGACUGCAGCUACGGAAAAAAAGCCUUGGUGAUGAUGUAUAAAGGAAUAAUGGAGCAGGUCCUGUUAAUUGAUAUGAAUUCAAAAUAUAUCUGCAUUGUGUCAGUCAUUUAUUGCAUUGAUUUAUUUACAUCUACAGGAUCCUCUGCCAGUUGCGCCUCCUGGAUGCUCACCUGAAAAACCGGCUUCCAUUCAGGAAUUUCUAAUCAAAGCAAAAGCAGCUCUUAUAUCAGUGGGAGUUGUUAGGGAUACAAUUAUUGGUAUGUUCUAACAAUCAUGAGCAUCAUGAUGCCUUUAUCACCCAAAAAACAUUGUAUUCCUCGGUUCUUUUUUGUGUAACAUCAAGUGUGUAGACCUCUAACCUUUAAGGUGGCCAAUAUUUCAGACAUCAUUGGAAGGCAUUGUUUUUACAGUUCCGGCAGUGUAGGUGACAAUCUACAGAGUUAGCUGGGUCAUGUUCAAUUUCGGGUUAAGCACUGUGUUGUAAUUCUUUUAAUAUUUAUUGGCCGUAAGAAUUACUAUUUGAAUGGAGUAUUCUUUUAUUUAGAGUAAUCUGAGGUUUGAAAGCCAACAUGAUCUCCAUUAGUCCCUUUUUAAAUAUUCCACUUCAAGAGGGUGAAACCUAUACUAAGUGGCUAUUCGUUCCCUACCUGAAUCACACAGGUCUGACAGUCUGUAGCAGUUUUUUUUAAAGGUUUUGAAGUUCUAACGUGCUCCAACCUUUUGUCAGAACUGGUUAAUUACAAUCAAUCAUGGGGGAUCCUGAAAAGAGGUUCCUACUGCAACAGAUAAAAUACCAGGACUGUUUAUGAAUCUCCCAAAGAUGUGAUCCUAACUUUUUUGUUUUUUAGGGAAAGCUGACAAGUUAUUCUACUAUUUUAAAAGUUUGAUGAGGAUUAUGAAGACCCAACCCACCUUAGAGACCCAGUUAGUAGAUUACAAGCAAUGGUACUGUAUAUAGAAUCAACAACCAUCAGAUUUAAGAUAGAUCAAUUGCAAACAUAUGAAUCGCUGACCUAGGACACUUGUCGGAGAACAGUUUACUGUAUAAUUGUGAGACAUCAACUCAAUACCUUUUAAACCAAUAUAUAUCCCCUACCCAGUUCUGCGUUAUCUAUAUUCAAGUCAUUAUUCUUCAAACCUGAAAUUGAUUCGAGCAAUGUUUUUUAGACCAAGUCAGGAAAAAAAUAGAUUUAAUGUUAGACCAAUUAUUUAAAAUGUGGGUUUAAACCCUGAAGUGGCAUUGGCAACAUAAAAUGUAUCUUAGAUGGUUUUCUUGUAUGAUUAGGAUAAUUGUGUCAAUGCGCUGGAGGAUUUUGGCAGUUUUGGAUUACAAGUUCAUAGUCCUACAGUAUGUGAGCCUUUAAAAAGGAUUUUUAAUAUCCAAGUCUUUGUAAAAUCUGAUGCAGGCAGUGGAAAGGAUAUUGGGAAGCUUUCGGGUCGUAUUGUGGAUUCAGAUAUGCAUGAUGUUGGACGAUUUCUCAAUAGGCUUUUGGGCUUACCUCCUUACUUUCAAAAUAGGUAUAUGAAUGGUUGAGAGUAAGUUGUUUUCACGUAUGUGUCCCUUUGUUUCAUUGGAUGCUUGACUUUUGUGUGCAGGCUUUUUGAGUUUUUCACCAACAUUCUUGAUCUUUUAAUAAGUAAUGCUCGAAAAGAAGGACAAUUCGACUUUGGAAUUGUUGAUAUCAAAGCAAAUGUUAUUGAACUACGAGGACCACCGAAGGUUCGAUAUGCCUGAAAUAUAACUUCAUUGCUCUUAAUUUUCUGUAAAAUCUAACUAUAUUAUCUUACAGACUGUUCAUGUAGAUCAAAUGACUGGUGCGCCUACCAUGUUGUUCACAUUCACUGUCGACCGUGGAAUGACUUGGGAGGUAAAUGCUCGGACCUUUAUUGUCCAUGGUCUUAUAUAUUUAGCUUUCACCCUCCAUGCCUGGUUUUUCAUAAGUUAUCGACUUGGUGUUUUUGGGAAAUGGGAGAUCCAACCCAGAUUUAUGGUUUAGUUCCACUUGAAAGACUUAUACUUGAGAGGGGAAUGAUUAUACUUAGGAUGGUGGGAGAUUUAGUGGCACUGCUGUUUCAUGUGAUUACCCAGAAGUUUUUCUUUUCUUGUGCUAAUUGACUCUUCUCAUCAACCCAUUUUUCACUGUGCUUGUAUACCAAAUGUGGAUAGAGAAAUAAAUAAUGGCCAAAGGAGAUGAAAAUAUGGAUCCUGAUCAUUCAGCCUGGCCACUGGUAUAUUGUUUAUAUCUUUUCACGUCCAACUGCUGGAGGGCCCUAGAAACGUUGGAUCUUUUUCGUGGGUUUGUUAAGAAUAUCACUGGAGGGUUGAAAUCUAACAUGAAAGAUUAUAGCAAAAAAUUAAAAUUUUAUCUCAAUGUUUCCCCAUAUUUCCUGAUUACUAUCUUAGAAACUAAUUCUUUUGGAUGAUAUAAUUGUCUCAGUUUGCUAAAAGUUUGCUUGAUGAGAGGCAAAAAGAUGAAGCUGGCUCAGCGAACAAUGGAUUUUAUGAGUCUAGGCGUGAAUGGAUGGGAAGGAGGCAUUUCGUUUUAGCAUUUGAAAGGUAUUAUGGUUGGUGUUGAUUGAAGCGUUAUUUUGUGUCAUUUAUUCUCAUUGUGUCUUUAGCUUUGUGCAUAUAUUUGUUUAGGUUCUCAUUGAGUUUUAAGAGGGAAAAAUGUAUACUGCAACUACUUUCUCAUUUGUUUUAAUGCUAUUGGCUGAUAAGCGCGGCUGUAUUUUACUGUUAUUGCUCAAAAUGCUGCUUCUGUAGUAUUUGGCUCGUUGGAACAUCACCUAUUGCAUUCUCACAGCUAAUUGAGAGAGAGCCUAAUUUUUCACAUAUGGGAUGGUUCAGCGCUACUUAUAGGAUUUACUUCGAUUGACCUGUGUCAUGGUUUCAGUAUCCCUUGUUACACAUGACUGUGUCAGGGAAGAAACUGAAUGUUAUUGGACUGAACUUCAGCGAGAAGGCAUCUGGUUGUAACCAUCAUGAUGAAGAAUUGUGUUAUGAGCACAAUUCUCUGUUGGCCUCGGCUAGUUACUGUGGAAUAGGAUUAUUGAGUUUAUACUAAACAUAUCCGAGUCUCAGUGUGGAAAUCAUUAGCCUUUUAUGGAUCAAGUUAAAAAAGGAAAAUUGUAUGAGGGUAGGUCCAACUGCAUUAGAUAAGAUUUGUUGUACGGAAUGCACCCCAACCCUUGGUACGGAAUGCACCCCAACGCUAUAACCUGUGACAAAAACCCGGAAUGGACUUGGUGGUUUAGAACUUGGACUCGAAUGUGAUUAUGCAUCUUCCUUGGUGUGAAGUGGUUUAAAUGGAAGUAAGUUGGAUUUCAAUGUGUAUGGAUUUUUAGAAUUCCAUUUUUAUUAUUAUUUUCUUUCCUUCAAUAUUCGUGUUUAUACAUGUCCAUCUUCUUAUGUCUAGAUAGACUAAAUAGGAGGCGCAGUUGGCAUAUAAUGUAUAUUUACUGUGUUCUCUGUGAGCUGCUUCAGUAUUUGUUACUGAAUGGUUUUCGUGACCAUUCAGUCUGAGGUGUACAAUGCGGCAUUAUACCGGCAUUAUACCGGUUCUGAAAUUUCCGGUUUACACCCAUUUCGUGAACCAAUAUACGGUCUAAAGCUCCAGAGAGGAGCAUGAAACAUUAGUGAAUGUUCGAAAAGUAAACAUGAUUGAAAUUGUGCAGGAGAAGAAGCCUCAAAAUGAUCGCUGUGAACCUGUGGAAUUGGAACUUUUUCAGGACAAGUGCCCUGUUUAGUAAAUGUCUGCGCAGGGUACAUGCAAUCAGACUGCCACUCUUUGGGCAGAGAUCAAGCUGGGUUUUAAAAUUCAUGAAGGAUAUAAAUGAAAUUACGUGAAGUAUAUAUAUCCUCUGUUGAAUAAGAAAAUUUGACGGACACUUAAGAAAUGAGGAGUUUUCUUUAUUCAGACAUUCUUGAAAAGUAGUCUUUCCUGCUUCCUCCCUUCUCUUUAUCCACGAGUGGGGAAGUCAUGCAGGUUGCAGCAGUCAGCAGGAUCAGCAGUGGGCCAUGGCGGCAGUUGGUGUCAAUUAGGUGUGGGGGAUGUCCUUUUAUAAUAUUUUUCUUUCUUCCAACGGCAGUGGCCUUCGGCAGUAAGCCUAUGGUGGCUGAUGACGAGGGUGGUAGCAACAGUAAAGUUGGCAAUGGUCGGGUCAUGAUUUUCAAUACUCCAACCUCCCCUUCCCCAAAAGAAAAAAAGAGAAAAGUGAUGAGGUCUGGGUUGUCUUUUUCCCUGUACCACGUGUCUAAUGCAAAUACAAACAUUUAACUCAAUUUGGUCGGUCCAGAUUUGAAUGUCCGGAAUAUGUUUUCACUGACUUACCUUAUAUUAACAACCUAUUACUAGUUUAAUUUUCACUGGCAUUCAUGCUUUGAUACCUUUGUUAUUCUUUGUUUAUUUUUGCACAGAAAUAUUUUACAUGGAUUAGGAUUUCAUUAUUUUCGAAAGUUGGGUAUAUUCAAAUAUCUUCAUUUGUCUUCCAUUGAUGGCUUCUUAAUCUCGUGUUUCUUUUCUUGCUGAUAUUAUUUGUCUUGAAGUUUCUGAAUUUCUCGUUUUCUUGAUCAAAAUUCUCAGUUCAUCUUCGGAAGUGUUCAAAAUAUUUCGCCCUGCUGUUGGUGAAGCGCUGAGGUACAUAAAUCUCUAUGCAUUUCUUUAAAGUCGUGAAACUACUGGUGCCAUUAUUUUCCAAUAUUCUCAUGAUUUACAGGGAAAUGCCUUAUUCUGAGCUCAAAAGUAAAUACCGAAAGGUCUCUUCAAUUGAGAAUGCUCACGCAGGUUGGCAAGACGAGUAUGACAUAUCAUGUAGACAGGUAAAUCCGACGGAAAUAUCUGAUGAAAUAAUCAACUAUCCAGUUCUUUCUCAUUUUAAUGCACAAAAUUUAACUGAAUUACUAUUUUGCCUUCUGAGUCGGCUAUUGUAUUUGGCUUCUCGACCUACUUUUUUUAAAAUGUCACAUUGAAGCUUUGAUAUUGGCAUACUAUCUUUCUCAACUUCUCAAAGGAAAAAGGCAUGCUAUAUUUUCUUCAAUCAACUUGCGGUCUUUUCCUAGGCCCAAAAAACCAGGGUUUAUUGACAUUUGUAAUUAGGCUUAAAGAAAUGCGACAUGGUUAAUGAUGUCUGAAUAUGUAGGGUGGUCCUAGAUACUGUAUAGGCCAUGUAGAAUACCCUGUAUGGAGAUAUGACGAUGCUUGCACGAAACUUGAUUAUUUUCAUUGAAUUAUUCAUUAGUGCUGGAUGCUUCAAUGUAACCUCAACGCCAAGGAUUUAAGACUAUUCCAUACUUCUCCUGGAGCAUUUACAGUUACAAGGUUUUCUCUGUUUCAGAAGUUCUGUUCAUAUACCUAGUGUAAGACAACACUGAUAGGCAUGAUCCUGUCAACCACAGCUAUGAGAAUAAUCAUGGUAAUGGGACUUCUGGGCAAACACCUAAAAGUGCCGAGGAAUAUGGUGGGAUGUAAAUCAUUUCAUGAAAGGCAGGUUAGCAGGGAGGGAACGCAUAUUCUCAACGUCAAGAAAAUCUCCCUUGCGGUAUUGGUGAGUGCAUCAAAUCAUUAUUAAGGAGCUCGUUCUCGUGUGAUCAGUGAGGUGGCUUAACUAGAUUAAAACUAGAGAACACUGACCAUGCUUUUUGGGUGUCCGUUAUACUCGAAUGUGCUGUUCUUUUGGCUGGAUGGUGUUUCUAGAUACCGGAAGAAUUGUGUAGACAGUGGCAAGGUGGGAGCAUGAAGGCUCAAUUGGUUAGUGGGUGAGUUGGAAAAAAAAAAACGAUCCCCCUUGCAAGCAGAAAGCUUAAGAUGGGGGAUUAAAUAUGGAUAAGGUUGGGUGGGCAUGGGCGUGUACUAUCUUGGAAAACAAGAGAGGAUUAAUCAUUCCCAGUGAUGAGAUUUGAAGAAUAGAUGUCAUUGGUCAUCAAAUUUUUUCUCAUAUUCAUGUUGCCUCUUGCAAGGAUGUUUGCGAGAUUGUAGGUAAGUACAAACAAUGGGGACCUCCUUCCACGUGGAUGGGUAAAAUUACAUUGACUGACUUUCUUUCCUAGGUGUGACUAGCUAAAUAUGAGAAUCUGGUGAGAACAUGAAAUGGACGUGUCAUCAUAUAUGGCCCGCCAAGUGGCAUCCCUAGGUUAUGAACUUUGAUUUGAGUCCAGAAACUUGUCGCAACACGACUAAGGAUCACAUUCAACAUGAUAGGAUCACAAAAAUUCUCUUCAGUAUCUGAAAUAUUUAGUCAUAAAUUCUAGCCAGCCUGGAUCGAUGGAACAUUACAAUAUGAAUAGACUGGAAAAAAUAUCCAUACAUUGCUAUAUUUUUUAUGUUCUGAUGGUUGUGCACUGAUCUUUGUCAAAGUUUUCAGAGUUAACUGAUUCAUUCUGUUACAGUGUAUGCAUGGGCCCAAAUGCAGACUUGCAGGUUACUGUACAGUUGGAAGAAGAUUGCAAGAGGUCAAUGUGUUGGGGGGCCUCAUUCUUCCUGUCUGGGGUACUAUUGAGAAAGCCCUCUCUAAGCAGGUACUGACUUCUUUUCGGGAGCAUUUUGGUCAACCUUUCAUUUUAUUUGAUUUUUCUUAAUUUCGCAAUAUACCUUUUAGUUACUGUGGUGCUCAAGGCUUCAACGUACUGGAAUCAUAUUCACUUUAUGGAAUAACCAUUUCAUUUGAUGCAGUUCCAGUUCUUGCUCCGUGAGCCAUUGGUACAUGUGACAAAUUAUUUCUUGUAUUGCAUCUGGAAGGCAUUAUUUAUAAUAAAAGGGCUGCCUCUAAAUCUCAAGAAUUUUACAAUAUUGAAUCCCCUAGAAACAGCUAUUCUGAGAAGCUUUCAAUUUGGAAGGAGUAAAAUUCAUUAUAUAAUUUCAUUUAAAAAAAAAUUGCUUCACGAAAAAUGCACAACGAGUUGCAUUUUUGGUCAUCAAAGUAUCAUAUAAAAAGUAGAUACUUUCAACUUUUGAACUUAUGGUUUGAACACGUCCUCAGGUACCUGAAAUAGAUUAGGAUUGUGCCUUUUUUGUUGGUUAGAACAUUAUACCUGGUGAGAUGAAGCUGGUUUUCCGAUUUUGUUGGUUAGGAUUUUCCAAUUACUAAAAGCAACUGGACCAUCAUGAAUUGAGAUUUUUCUAUUGAAAAAUUAAGUCGGAUUUCCUUUCUUGUGGCUAAUUCCUCUGUAACGUGUGACCUUCUCCAUGACUUCUACAGACAAUUUUGUUUCAUAGAAUCUAUCUCAUAAAGGAUCGUAUGAUGUCGACUAACGCCAUGUAUCUAUAUCAACAGGUUUAACACACACGAAUAAAAAUCCAUCAUUUACUUUAAAAUUUUCAACAUUAUUACUCUGCUCUGUGCUACCCACUAUAAACUGAUUAUGUCUUCUGAAAGGAACAAUGCGUCUGGUUAAUCUCCCAUGAUUUAUCUUUACUUGAUUCAUAUUGCUCUCUUUUUCCCACUAGAUGAAUAAUAUUUCUUAAUCAUGGUCUUCAGUCCCGACAAAGCCACAAGAGAAUACGCGUUGUUCGGUUGGAAACAACCGUGGACCAUAAGAGAGUGGUUGGACUUCUCAUCCCCAAUGCAGCUGUAGAAGCAGUGCUUCAAGGUACUUGCCCGAAUUCAUUGCUGAAACUCUGUCGUCAGAUUAUGCAACUAUGAAACUCCAAACCUUAAAUAUUAUAAAAUCUUUCUCUCCCACUCCCACUACGCCUUCCACACGAUUUAAUCUUUGCUAUGAUGUGGAGCGCGAAUUCUGAUUUUUUUUUUUUUUUGAAAAAUACAAUCUAAAACUUGCAGAUUUCAGUUAACUCUGCAAAUUAUCUUGGAGGAAUCCGCAGCUGGAUAGCGUGCGGCUCACCUGAAAACCUCCCUCUGUCUUCAUCACCAUUUCCAAGGAAAAAAAAAGAAAAAGAAUAUCUAAAUUGCUCAAGAAACUCGUUCCAAAAAAAAAAAAAAAAAAUUCUAACUCUGGGUUUUUGGUGGUUGCUGUCACAGAUUUAUCCUGGGUUGAGGAAAUCGAUGACUGA